AUGAAUGCCUGUAAGAAAAUUCAUCCUGGUGAUGUUCGUGUCGGAAGGUCAUUGUCUAAUGCAUCCAAUCUAUCCCUGUCGCCAUCUGAACUGAACGACCAUAUUAUGGAGAUGAUAAAUGCAAGACAAGCUGCCACCAAAUGUGAUGCCGUUUGCAGAGGAAACCCUAUAACUGAUGCUGGAAAACGAAAACAGAUGAUAAAGAUGUUGUCUGUUGUGCUGAUACCAGUAUUGGUUAUCACAGGAAUGACGGCGAACACAUUUGCUAUCGCAGUUGGUAACUAUAUAAGCUCGUCCAAUGUUCGGCAGUUACUCGUGUUUAGUAUAGAAUUAGGGGCGUUGUUGCGUACAAUUCAGUUUGAACGCGAUAUGAGCGCAUUAUAUGUCAGCAAUAUAAAACCAGUGACCAAGGAUUUCUUGUUACAACGUUACCCUGAUACAGAUUUAGCAAUUCAAAAUUUAUCAAACUGGCCUAAGGGAGAUGACAUCAUAUCUGACAUGGAAACUCCAGAGCGGUUCUUGUCUUAUUUGAACGAACAUAGGUACCAAUUAGAUGUCCAUAUGCCUUCGGUUGAAAGAGAAUUAAAUUUUUAUUCGAACAUAAUUCUAGUUCUGUUGAAAUGGCUCUACGACUCCGUGAGUGAAUCAAGUACUGGUUCCGUAUGGAAAGAUGUCGUGGCAUACCAGGAAAUCAUCGUAGCCAGUGAGCUCUUUGGACGGGAACGUGCGUUAGGUGUCUCGUUCUAUGCAACAGGUGGAUUUGAAUCGAGAGAAGAGUAUCUUCUGUUUAUAGAAAACCAAGAUAGAGCUAAUGUUACAUUCGAAUCAGCAAGGUUUUAUUCACAAAUUGCAUUUGACAUUUAUAACGCUGAGUUGGCCAAGAACCCAAAUGUCAGUGUAAGAAUUGAAGAGUUCAGAAACAGAAUUAAGGCAAACAACUUUUCCAGGGAGUCUGCGUCCAUUCAGGAAGCAGAAAUGUGGUUUGACAAUAUGACUAUAUAUCAGGGAGUCCUAACGCGAACACAGAACGCACUAGCGUUGACGGUUGAUCAAAGCUUAGCCAAAGAGUCCGAGGAAGAACUCAAAAGUGUUAUUACCAUUUGUAUUGUCUUUGGGAUCAUCCUUAUUGUCUGUCCGUUGAUUGUGUUUGCAGUUUACAAUCUGACAUCUGAAAUUCAAAAAUAUUCAAUAUCCAUUGCAAAUAGAACAAAAGCUUUGAAUAAAGAAAAGAAAAGAACAGACAUGCUACUCUACCAACUGUUACCACAAUCUGUAGCAGAAAUGUUGAAGAAAGGCGAACAAGUGGAUGCUGAACAGUACAACGAGUCCACUAUGUUUUUCAGUGACGUAGUGGGAUUCACAUCCAUAUCUGCAGCGAGUUCACCCCUACAAGUUGUCGACAUGUUGAAUUCAUUGUAUUUAUGUUUUGAUGAGAGGAUAGACAUUUAUGACGUAUAUAAAGUAGAAACCAUUGGCGAUGCUUACAUGGUUGUGUCGGGUGUUCCAAAGUGUAAUGGCAGACGUCAUGCUUCAGAAAUUGCAACUAUGGCCGUGGACUUACUCAGCCAUGUUAAAUGUCUAGAGGUGCCUCAUCUUCCUGGAAUCAAACUAAAAAUUCGAAUUGGAAUUCACUCGGGUCAUGUCGUAGCUGGUGUCGUGGGAACGAAGAUGCCACGAUUCUGUUUGUUUGGGCAGGCAGUAAGCAUCGCAUCUAAGAUGGAAUCAUGCGGAAAAGCUAACAAGAUUCAGCUUAGCCAGUCGACAAGAGAUCUUCUGCUUGUCAUUCGUGGAUUUGAAAUGGAGGAGAGACAAAAUGCUGAAAUAAGAAAGGAACUUAUGACUUCCUUUCCCGGGACAAAUGGUAGAACAUACUGGUUAAAUCGUGUGGAAGGAUUUCAAUAUAAAGGAGGAAUGGAAGUGAACAAUUCUGAAAACGAGGAUGAUAUUAUCUCGACAGAAAAGUCCGGAGGAUUAAAGUCCUACUUUCCUCACUAACAACACUUAUGAUACAUACCUGCUAUUGACAUUACGAAGAUUUCAGUUCCAAUAUAGAAGCAUCAUCAUUGGUAGUUAUUUCAACGCAAAGACA